ACGCAUUUGAACUGAACUGCAACAGAAGACUACUCAACGUCCACUAUCCACCACACCACCAACAUCCAACCAUUUCACAACAAAGUGCCACUUUUUCCGUGUUUCUCCCUCAAAAAGACGCCUUUAUUCGGCAACAAAAUACAAUUAUGUUCCAAAAUGAUGAGGAGAAUUAGCAUAAGAGGACUUCGAUUUUCAUUUGGGCGCAAAAGUAGGGAGAAAAAGCCCGAGAGAUCGGUUUCAUCCGAGAUAAACAGAGAGUCUUUUCAUGUCUCUGCAUCAGAAGCUGGGGAUGCUGAAAAUGAUCCCGAACACGAAGAAGAAAGGUCGGACUCGCCCACCGCACCCUCAUCUGAGCUGAAAGCGAGAAACACAAAAACAGACCUUACUGCUAAAGCAAACCAACGCUCCUCAUCUGCAGAAAUUCAGGUGCCACGCCGUAAAGAACGGGGCGGUUUACUUGGAACAAUCGGACGGAAAAUUCGUGCCAGCUUUCGUCGAAAACGUGACAGUUCAUCAGAGGAAAAUUAUGUUAUGGCAAGCAAGAGCAAGAAGAAGCAGAAAAUGAAGCCAGCAACGCAACGAGCUGUUGUGUGUCCUGUUGAAAGGACCGUCCCGUCCUCAACAACAUCAGAGGAGCCAUCUGAUAGUGCCAUCGGUGUUUCCGUACACCCACAACCAAAAUCGAGACAGUAUAUUUCAGUCCCGUCAGGUCCUGAAAAGAGAGAAACACAUUCCUCAUGUAGUAGUGACAGUUGUGAACAUGAUAAUAAUGUCUUACGGUGCUCAAAAAUUUCUGUGAAUAUACAUUCUUGUGACACUAGUGAUUCGAGUGAUAGAAAUGGUCAUGUUGUGAAUUUGGAAAAAGUGUCUAUCGAAGUAAAUAGCUUAAAUAUUGCAGAAAAACCUGUCAAUUCUGAUAGUGCUGCUGCAGCUUCUUCGAGCCCACAAAAAACACAGCCGAAAACUCCACUCAGAACACCGUGUGUGAGCUUAUCGCGGACAAAUCCUAAGAAACUGAACAAUGGUCAACCACAGCCUUCAUCCUCUGGGGCAAAAGCACGUCCUUUGAGUGAUGUAGUUGGCCUGUACGCUUCUACUUCGGGUAAUAACAGUCGACGUGCAAGUUCAAACUUGGAGGACACCAGUAAUAAGGCACCAACUGUUCCCCCAAGGCCAGAUUUGUUGUCAGUCACAAGUUCCGCAGGUGCAACAAAUUCUAGUGUCCACCAGCGGAACCUCAACCAUGCCAUUUUCUCGCAUCCUAGCCUCGGAUUCGGUUUCGGGUUCACGUUAACUGGAGAUUGUUUUGAACCUUACGAGGCGUCUCCAACCUCACCUCUAUAUGACGAAGUCAAGGAUGCCCCUAAGAUCUGGAGCCUCACAAAAGAACUGCUCAAACUUUCUAAAUUUGGCUGGUAUUGGGGUCCGUUGACUCGAGUUGAAGCUGAGGAAAAACUAUCUAACCAAGCAAAUGGAGCAUUUCUGGUGCGAGACAGUUCCGAUGAUCGGUACCUCCUUAGUCUGAGUUUCCGAUCAAACGAGCGCACGCUCCACACCAGGAUUGAACACUGCAAUGGUAUGUUCAGUUUCUAUGCACAGCCGGAAUCGGAGGGAUAUUCGUCAAUUGUCGAUUUGAUUGAGCACUCUAUGACUGAUUCAUUGACGGGGGUGUUUUGUUACUCUCGCGCUCGUACCCCCGGCUCCCCCUCAUUCCCUGUCAGACUGACGAAGCCUGUGUCUCGUUUUACACAGGUACGGUCCCUACAGUACCUAUGCAGAUUUGUUAUACGUCAGUACACAAGACUUGAUCACAUCCAGAAGCUUCCAUUGCCGAAUAGAAUCAAGGGAUGGUUGGAAGAGAACCAGUACUGACCCAGUGGUACUGACCCGGCUGAGAAAAUUUUAACUAGGAUAGGAUAGGACUGGGACUCUUCAGAAAUGCAUGGGACCGUCUCAAAACACCUUGAAUCUAACAGAUGAAAAAAAUUCAUUUCACCCCUCGCCCCUUUCAUGCCUUUGAUGACCUCCCCAGUGGACCUUUCUGUAUUCUGGCUUCAGGGCCUUUGUGAUGGUACCUAAUGCAAUGAUGGAGAUGGGAUUUUGACGUCGCUAGCAAUUUGUGCAAUAAACGAAAUGUCACUGAGUCAUGGGUGCAGGAAAAUAUGCCUAUUACUCAUUCAGCGUGUUCAAAUAUUGUCCUACAGAGUACAACAUGUAUUAUAUUGGAUUUAACCCUGCGUGUCAGUCAACGGUACAUACUGCACAUAAUACUUCAUUUUGCUGAACGGUAGGUUUUGAGCUAUUUGAGAUGUUUGUUGGCUCGUCAGUGUUCUCUAUGUACACAGUGUGAGUGCCACAUUUUGUUAGUCGACGGCCUCAUUGACUGCCUGACUGUUUGCUGAACUGACUGUAAAGCCAUUAGGUAAAGUUGAAAGGGUUUUUGUGGUAAAGUUGGUACAACCAUGGUCUCUUGCAUGCCUUGGUGCAAAAUGAAGCAUGCACUCUUUAGAUCUGUUGUCCUUGUACUCACAAUGACAAAAAUGUAUGGAUGAUAAGGUGGUACAAUCAUAGCCCUGAAUACUGUUUAUUACUUGAGCCUGUGCGUGCAAUAAUAUGUACAACAUACCAGCUGUUUUCUAAGACUGUAGAGGCUAUGAUUGUAUCACUUCACCUUACAUGGAGUGCAAACCAGGCCUGGUUCCAGUUGAGUGGUGAGCACCAGACACUGUGUGGUUUUCCCAGGCUUUGGAUUAAAAUUUCUUUGAAAGUUAUUGACUGGGGGUACAUGUAUUGCAGUAGACAACCACAAGGCCUGUAAAAAGUGGCAGAACUGCAUUGGUAAACUACUGCAGUGGAAUCGGGCCUUCUCAGUAAUCUCACUUACAUGCAUGUAUACAUGUACAUUGUCAAUGACAAUUUGGCUGGCUUUUUUUCGAGAAUUUUUGCUUGUUGAGAGAAGCUCAACUGCUCAAUUCAUGACAUAAUAUUCAUAGGCCUAGUAUCAGAAUAAAAACCACAUUUCGAGUCAUCUUUGUUCUAAAAAAAUUAGGGUGAGGCGGUCGGUACAACUACAACUAUAAGUUCAUGCCGGCACCGGGCCUGUUUGAUGAUUGAUUUAGGAUUGGCAGCAAGAGCUCGUCCAAUUUAAAAUUCAUCACAAUUUAUCAUUGUGGCAAUUAUCUCAAUAAAUAUAAAAAAAUACUGAUGUACAAUAUGUAGAAUACCAUAUAAUUGAACCUCUCAAAAUGACACCCUCGCGACUGACAAGUGAUGUGUCCUGAUUAGAGAAGUCGAAUGGAUACUACCAGUUUGGGACAAAAACUAUAUAAACAGUAGUGUCCUUGAUAGAGAAGGUGGCCUGAAUAUAGAGGUGUCCGCUAAGAGAGGUUCCAUUGUAGUUCUAUCUAAAGCACAGAAAUUACUUCCCAUCGCCAUAAUUACAUUCAUGUGUUUGUAAUAGCCUACGAUUUGUGGGAAUGUAUGCUGGUUAACAGAAUGAUUCCCUUGAUCAAGUGAGGUCAUUUUUUUGUCUGAUUCAAUAAUUGACACAGUGGGUAAUGAGGGAUUCUCUCACAAAGACCUGCGAAAUGACAACACGGAUGUCAAACAAUUGCUAAAUGUACAUCAUGUACGUGGCGCCACACCUUAGAUUUGAUACGUAAUGCUUUUACUGCUUUUGUUUAAAGGGCUAUGCUGUUCGUGUACAUAUGCAAUGUACAUGAUCAAAAUGUACUUGGAAAAUUGGAAUAUGCAGUGCAACUGAUCAGUACAUGUAACAAGACAUCUCAACACGUUGAAAAGUGACACGUAAAGUACAUUUAUGUCUUAGUCGUGUACACGUGUUGAAAUAUGCAUUGUAUGUUUCGACCCCCUACUUCUGUACAAUUUUAAAAAUCGCAAAUUCGAUAUCAAGUUUCAAAUUUUGAGUGGACAGCGUAGGCCUUUGACAUAGCGUCACAGUACAACUUGAAAAAGCUGAUGAAAAGAUGUACUGCUCGUUCAAAUGUUGUUCCAUACCAUGUUAACAAAUUUUUCAUUGAAAUAUUCUCACAAAACCAUUUUUUAGCAUGUUUUUUAUGCACUUUGAAUACUGCAGGUCAGUUUCGUCAAAGACCACUCGGUGUUAUUUUGUAUAGUAGUGUGGUGUGCUUACAAGUUGAAAUCUCACACUACAGUUCCUAGAGAAAUGACAACCUACAUGUACAUUGUGAUGUCAUUUUGUACGUACCAUUUUGAAAAGACAAAAUCAUUAUUAAUUUCCUUGUACAUGUAUGUACCUGAUGACUAUUUGCUCUACACGGUGCAAUGUAAAUUCCUGUAGCUCAAAUACGCAGUCGAUUUCGCUAAUUACUGUAUAAACACUGAUCUGUCGUUCUUCUGACAUAUUCGAUAGUGGAAUCUUUCUUGAAAAUGGCUCAUAGAGUUAGAUAUAUCUUUGUAGGUAGGUUUUUGUUACAUUUUGAAUUUAACUUAUUUGAAAUUUUUUUGUGACCCGAUGUUGGCGUUCAAAAAGCCAUGUUGUUAGAAUCAUAUUGUGUGACCUUGUGAAGGUUGGAGCAUUUAUUGUCUAUGUUUAUGUAUUAUGUGCUAAUUAUUGUCAAAUUUUCCUUUCCUUGAGAACAGAUUUCUGUCUUGGUGAUUAUGAUGUAGGUGAAGAAGCUUGCUUAUGGAUAUUUCAACACAUGACUGCAUUACAUGUAACAUGGCACCGUUGGGGGGUAUGGUUUGGCUGUAACUAGUGGCGCUGGGGACUAAUAUCAAUCUCGGUUCAACUCUAGGUUCCAUUUUAGGUUUGGUUGCGGUAAAAAAAUUGUGGAGACCAUGAUGACUUAGUCUUUUUUAAACUCUUACAUGUAUUAACAUUGAAUACAUGCCACACCAAGGUAGAAAACUGAUUCGCUAGAAUGUACCAUAGGUCUCUAAUUCUCAAUUCUUUGAAGGGGAGGUGUAAUCUCUUUAAUAUGUUAUAACGUGUACCCUACUUUGCUGGCUUUACUUGGUAGAAAUUUUGUUGCGAAAUGAAAGGCAACUUGAUGAAGGGUUUAACCUUUCUUAGCCUACCCUGAGAGCCCAACCCCGCGUUAUCUCGUCCCUGUUCACAACUCUCGUGCGGUGACAAGUCGGACUUAUGAAGGAGCAUGUUACAUUGUAGAAACCAUGCAAAUCCAUUUCACCUUCUACAAUGUAAUCGUGGAAUGCUUUACUUGUACCAGAAUUUAAAGCCAAGGUCAGGAAGAAAGUUACUUCAGGCCAUCACCAUUUUAGUGUCCUCAUGCACAAAGCUUUUCUGCGUCGUAAAGAGGUUUUGCCGAGCAAUACCUUUUCCAUUCACUCUCGUUGUAAUUAUCAAAACCAAGAGAAAAGAACCUUGUCAAAACCUAUUUCCAUCAAUGGGGCAAAACCUCAUCGGGAAUUUUGUCUCAUGUGAUGUAAAAAAAAUGCGCUGAGCACCAGCACUUGCAAUAUGUUUGUCGGCUGAUUUUUAUUGGUUGCCGGUAGCAAUGCGGUGUGUUACUAUGGUAAUACCAUUUCCACUUUAUCUUCAGUCUAUUUAUUUUUACGUGUAUUUCACACACACAUGAUGAAAAUUUAGUAGCUUGGAUUAAAUACGUUGCUAGGGUAAAAGUUGCUGGUUGCCAAGGAGACAAAAUGAGUUGUCAUGGUGACCAUCUGGUUGCCAUGGUGACAUUGUUUGUAAUUGUAAUCUAAUCAAAUAUUGCAUUGUUUCUAGUCGGACUCUGUGCAGUUGUGUAUUUCACACAAUGCAGACUGUUUAUCAUGUCACUUUUGUAAAAUUCACCAUCAUUUUUUUAUAUCCGUAUAUAUUAUUGAACAGUGUGGACAUGACUCAUUUAUUAAGAUUAAAAUUGCUUUUAUUAGUAUAGUGUAAUAAAAAAAUGUGUUCAGAAGUUGAUGAUAUGAAAAGAAGCCUCUUAAUCGGUUAGCUCAGCCUUUCUUGUCCUGUUCUUCAGUCUCACUUCAGAAGGUCUAUCAGUUAUUUGUGUUCAAAUAAAAUAUGUACAUUAUUUGUAUCUCCAUGUUGGUAAGUAUUGAAAUCGAUGAGCAAAACCGCUACCUGAGAGCAAAAUACUUAUCAAAGAUCCCAUUAAAUGAGCCAAUAACAGGUUGGGUUUGUUCCUGUCAUUCUUUCUGCUUGAAUCUCAUAACUCAAAACCUUAUUCUCUCGUGCAUACACUAGUCAUAUUUACUGCAUAUCAGCACAGCUUGGAAAUGUCAGAGUGAAAAAAACCAAACUCUGCUUUAAGAAGGGUGUUGGAGGAUACACAGAGAUAGUUUACUUACAAAGGGCUCACUUUCCUUAAGAGUGGUUGUAGGUGUACUGGUCUGGACACUACUUGGGAUUUUCUGUUUCUUUGAUUGUACUUCUUCCUUAUUAAAACCCAUGACAAGCCAUUGUACCAGAAUAUGUGACCAAUUAAAGAACGAUCACCAACUGCUCAUCAGGCUGCGUAUGAUACUUCUGACGAUUUGUUAGGCGUAUAAAAUAGUGUGCCCAAUUUUGUUCAAGUCAUGUCAUUUCAUGCAUAGACCACUUUUGUAGUCCUCAACAUUGCUGUUCACCCAUUUUGAUGUCAGUUGUGUAGAUAAGGAAUAAAACCAUUGCUCUG